AUGAAAACUUCUGAUACUUCACUUAAUUCUAGUCAAACAAAAUUUAAUUUACGAACUCCAAAAGUUUCGGAACUAUCUAAGCAAAUAGUCUCUAGCACUACAAAAGUUUCGAAACAAUCCAAGCAAUCAAUCUUUGGUUCUCCAAAUGUUUCAGAACAAUUCAAGAAAUCGGUAUCUGGUUCUUCAAAAGUUUUGGAACAAUCCAAACGACCGAAUUUCAAAACUCCAAAACCUUUGGAACAAUUAAAACGACCGAACUCCAAACUACCUAUUUCAUCUGUUUUACCAAUAGUUAGACCACUUUUUAACAUAGAACCAUUUGAAGAAACUUUACCUCCUCCUUCUGAAGUGGUUAUACCUCAUCCUCCUUCUGACUUCUCAGUUCAAGAUGAACCAAUUACUGUUGAUUCACGCACUUUAACUAAGAUAUUGCAAGUUGCUCAGAAAAAUUCUAUUAAACUGAAUUCGCUAACUAAACAUUUAGAUAGUUUGGAAGAAUCAUUUAACGAACAAAAGGAUAAAAUAUUUGAGAUUUUAACAAAAUUAGAAAAGCCCAAUGUAUUAUUUAGCUCCGUAGAAAUUGAGAAAUCCAAAGUAAAAAAAUCUUAUAAAAAAAUGAAUGAUGAAUUCUAUUAA